GUCUUCAGCGCGCCGGUGGUGGCCUUCUUCAACGGCACGCCGCCGCCGCCGCUGCUGGAGCUGACCGGGGUGGUCGGCGGGCCGCCCGGUGAGCCCAGCCACGGCGACUAUCGGGACAACCGCCAGUACAACGGCCACCGGGACCCCCGGCCGGCCUACGACCACCGCGACAACCGACUGUUCGGCGAGUACAGGGCCAACAAGCCGGCGUACGAGUACGGAGACGACCCGCGGCAGUACGGCGGCUACAGGGGCGGCCGGCAGGUGUAUGAGACCGGCUGGGAGGGGCAGCAGCGGCCGUACGCCGACUAUGUGGAGCCCGUGCGGCGGCAGCGCGGCGGCCGACGGCCGGCCGGCAGACCACAACGGCCGCCGCCCCAGCGCAAGGGGGAGUCGGUGGUGGCCCGCGCGCCCUCGCCGUCGGAGGCUGACCUCGGCCAGCGGGAGCGCAUGGUGGAGCAGCUGUCGCACGGCCGUUACGAGUGUCUGGUCUGCGUGGACCCCAUCAAGCAGACCGACCCCGUCUGGAACUGCCAGAGCUGCUUCCACGUCUUCCACAUGGGCUGCAUCCGCCGCUGGGCCAAGUCGUCCAAGGCCGAGUCGGGCGGCUGGCGGUGCCCGGCCUGCCAGAACGUGACAGCCGCGCCACCCACUGCCUACAAGUGCUUCUGCGGCAAGGUGCGCGACCCGCCCUGGAACCGACGGGACACGCCUCACUCCUGCGGAGAGGUGUGCGGCCGCAGCCGGGCUGACGCGGGUUGCACGCACCGCUGCACUCUGCUCUGUCACCCGGGCCCCUGCCCGCCCUGCGCCGCCUCCGUCAAACGGUCGUGCCCGUGCGGCAAGAAGACGGUGGACAUCCGGUGCGAGCUGGCCGCCGCCCUGACCUGCGAGGACACGUGCGGCCGGCUGCGCAACUGCGGCGUGCACACGUGCGAGCGGCCGUGCCACGUGGGCGACUGCGACGCCUGUGACGUGCAGCUGGAGCUUGUGUGCUUCUGCGGGAAGGUGCGACGCGAGGAGGUGUGCUCGGCUGACACGGCCGCCGCCGGCCCGUUCUGCUGCGGCGGGGUGUGCGGCCGCCAGCUCGCCUGCGGCCGCCACCCCUGCGACAAGCUGUGCCACGAGGGCGACUGCGGCCCGUGUCUGCUGAGCCCGGCGCUGGUGGAGCGGUGUCCGUGCGGCGCGCGGCCCCUGUGCCGCUGCGGCUUCAUGGACCGCGAGCUGGCCUGCGCCGAGCUCACCACGCGCGCCGACGACGCCCGCUGCCAGAAGCGCUGCACCAAGAAGCGGAGCUGCGGCCGCCACAGAUGCGGCCAGGAGUGCUGCAUCCAGCUGGACCAUCCGUGCCCGCUGGUGUGCGGCCGGAAGCUGAGCUGCGGCCACCACACCUGCGAGGAGCCAUGCCACGUGGGCCAGUGUCGGCCAUGCCUGAGAGCCAGUUUCGAGGAACUGUACUGCGAGUGCGGCGCCAGCAUGCUGUAUCCGCCGGUGCAGUGCGGCACGCCGCCGCCGCCCUGCAGCCAGCCGUGCUCCCGGCACCACCCGUGCGGCCACCCGGUCCACCACAACUGCCACAGCCAGCCAGAGUGCCCGCCCUGCACGCAGCUCAUGAAGAAGAAGUGCUACUGCGGCCACGAGGAGCGGGGCAGCGUGCCGUGUCACCAGACGGCCGUCUCCUGCGGCCGGCCCUGCGGUGCCCCUCUGCCCUGUGGCCGACAUAAGUGUAAGGAGCCGUGCCACCCGGGCGCCUGUCAGGAGGUGGAGUCCGGCUGCCGGCAGCCGUGCGACACGCCGCGGCCCGAGUGUCGCCACCCCUGCGCCGCGCCCUGCCACGACGGGGACUGUCCGAAGACGCCCUGCAAGACCAAGGUGCCGGUCAGCUGUGAGUGUGGCCACCGCUCGCGCACGCUGGCCUGCAGCGACACGGGCGCCUACCGCUCGCUCAACACGUCACUGAUCGCGUACAAGCUGGCGGCCAUCCAGGCGGGCGGCGCCACCGUCGACGUGUCGGAGCUGAUGUCGGGCUCCGCGCCCGGCAAGAACUCCAGGGCCAAGGCCAGUCUGCAGUGUAACGCGGAAUGCGCGGUGCUGGAGCGGAACCGGCGGCUGGCGCUGGCGCUGCAGAUUCGCAACCCGGAGCUGUCGAGCAAGGCCGGCCCGCCCACCUACCCGCCCUCCAUGCUGGACAUGGCGCGCCGCGCCAAGGGCCUGGCCGAGGAGGUGCACCAGCAGCUGACCGACCUGGUCCAGCUGGCGCAGCAGUCGAAGCAGAAGAGCCGCAGCGUGGCGUUCGCGCCGAUGAACCGCGAGCGUCGCCAGUUCAUCCACGAGUACUGCGAGCACUUCGGCUGCCAGUCGGAGAGCUACGACGAGGAGCCGAAGCGGAACGUGGUGGCCACGGCGCACCGCGACCGCUGCUGGCUGCCGACGCUCAGCGUCCUGCAGGUGGUGGAGCGCGAGGCGGGACCGCGCAAGAUCGCGCCGGCGCCCCGCCUGAGACGCACCAAGCCAGCGCAGCCGGAGGCGGCCGCCGCCGAGGUGAUCGACUACUUCGACUUCACCGGCUGA